AUGUUUGCCCGCACAGGAAUGAUCGUGCGCCGUGUGGCGCAGCUGACGAGGGCCCAGGCAAUUCAGUCAAAGCGGGUGCCUCAUGCAGCUGCACUUGUGAUGGGCGCCGGCAUUGGCGGCCUAUGGGCAAAGCCAGCUUGGUGCAAGGAAGACGUGAAUUGGGACGAGGUGCACAAGGAGAUCGUGAAGAUCUUGGAGGAUGACAAAUACAAGGACUCGUCCUAUGACGGUGCCACACCUGGCCCUUUGCUGUUGCGCUUGGCCUGGCACUCGGCAGGCACUUUCUGCGGCCAGACCAAGACCGGUGGGUCCAACGGUGCCACGAUGCGCUUUAAGCCAGAAGUCUCGUGGGGUGCCAACGCCGGAUUGAAAUUGGCACAACAGAUGUUGGAGCCAGUGAAGAAUAAAUUUCCUGCAGUCUCCUAUUCCGACUUGUGGAUUUAUGCCGCAUGCGUCGCAAUCGAAGAAAUGGGUGGUGAGAAAGUGCCCUUCGCACCAGGCCGCAAAGACAAAUCCAGCGGCAGUGAAUGCCCUGCUUGGGAUGGUCCAACCUGCAAGGAGAAGUCAGAGAAGUCUUGA